AUGCUGGGCAUCUUAGACACCAUGAAUCCCACCAAUGCGGCUAAAGUUACUGGUAUUCCACGCGAGACUAUUUGCUCCUGGGCUAAGAAUCGAGAAGAAAUCCUCGCGUACGACGGAAACAAGAAGAAAAAGAAGAUCGAAUCAGAUGCGUGCUCAAGAGCAGGCGUUGACUAUGACCCACGCCAUCAAUUGGAUCAAGCGACAUGGGCCCGGGUGGCUUCGUGCCUACCUCUCCCAAAAGAAGCCUGGAGCUGGAUACGAUGCACUGCUACGCCUCUUGCAGAGGUUCAUGAUACGCAAUGGAUUUACACGCCAACGUUCAUCCACACGCAAGCACAAGACGAUGGACACACGUGA